GAUAUACAAUGAGGGAGAGAGAGAGUUAGGAAGGGAAUAGCAUCUGGACGUAUCAAUUUUAAAUGGAUGGAUGGAUGGAUGGAUGGACAAACAGAGGUUGAAAAUCAAAUGACUCAGGCACACAACUCAUCGAACAGAAUUAUAGAAUGGAUCGAUCUCUUUGCAUUCAGCACUUAAAAAAAAGCAGCCUAGUUCAACAUGUCAUAUAUACAACACGCUUUAUCAUCAUAUCGACUCAAUGAAUACUUGCAUUUUUUCUUCUCUUUCUCUCUUGUGUGUGCCUUUGUGUAUGAUAUACUAACCUAUCUUCUCUAGAGUGCUGAACAAAAGACUGCUGUCAACCCCAUGAGAAACCUCCAAAUCGAAAAGUUGGUUCUCAACAUUUGUGUUGGUGAAUCUGGUGAUAGAUUGACUCGUGCCGCCAAGGUUCUUGAACAAUUGACUGGUCAAACUCCCGUCUACUCCAAGGCCCGUUACACUGUCCGUACUUUCUCCAUUCGUCGUAACGAAAAGAUCUCUGUUCACGUUACUGUCCGUGGUCCUAAGGCUGAAGAAAUCCUCGAACGUGGUUUGAAGGUCAAGGAAUACGAACUCAAGGCCCGUAACUUCUCUGAAACUGGUAACUUUGGUUUCGGUAUUGACGAACACAUUGAUUUGGGUAUCAAGUACGAUCCUUCCAUUGGUAUCUACGGUAUGGACUACUACGUUGUCAUGGGUCGUCCUGGUAACCGUGUCUCCCGCAGAAAGCACUGCAAGUCCAAGGUUGGUAUUAACCACCGUAUCAAGAAGGAAGAAUCCCAAGAAUGGUUCAAGAACCGUUUCGAUGGUAUCAUCUCCAACAAGAACUAGAUGUUUUCUCAAAAUAAA